UGGCUAAGAUGAAGUUCAAAUAGAGAGAACAAGAGAGAGAAACAGAAACGAGAAGAGAGAGGCAACACGAUAUACUACGAUACGACCGAAUCAAACCCCUCUCUCUUCUCUAUCUCUCUGUACUUUCUUCGAUUUUCUCGAUUAUAUUGUUAUUAUUAUUCCUCACUGUUCUCUCUUCGUUUUGAGGGAACAGUAUUUACAGUGUCAGGAUCGUAAACCCUGCCACACCCAGGUGGUCAUUGAAUAAUGGAAUCUCAUGAUGAGAUGGGAUGCCAGGCACCAGAACGUCCAAUUCUUUGCGUUAAUAAUUGUGGUUUCUUCGGAAGGGCAGCUACCAUGAACAUGUGUUCCAAGUGUUACAAGGACACAUUGUUGAAGCAGGAGCAAGACAAACUUGCAGCGACAUCAGUUGAAAACAUUGUGAACGGCAAUUCCAAUGGCAACGGAAAGCUGGCCGUGACUACAGCUGCUGUCGAUGUACAAGUUGGAACCGUGGAGGUCAAUACAGCGUGUCCCGAGGUUCCCGAAAAUUCAAUCUUUGCUGAAAGUGUGGAGGUGAAAGCCAAGACUGGUCCCAGCAGAUGUACCACUUGCCGUAAACGUGUUGGAUUAACUGGUUUCACCUGCAAAUGUGGCAACCUCUUUUGUUCAAUGCAUCGCUAUUCUGAUAAACAUGAUUGCCCUUUCGAUUAUAGAACUGAUGGUCAGAAAGCCAUAGCUGAAGCCAAUCCAGUAAUUAAGGCUGAUAAACUCGAUAAAAUAUAGCCAUGCACCAUUAGAAUGAAGGGUUAAUGUAUGAAGCUUAAUGCUUCAUCUUUUUAUCAGCAAGUCUUCAUAUAUAUUGAACUACCUGGGUUUUAGGUGUCCUGUUAAUGUCUACAAAAUGAUCUGUCAUGAUAUCAAGGACAUUUUAGGGAAAAACACCAUUCCUUGUUUGUGCUGGUUUGAUGAACACUUUGGCUCAUUUUGUAAUGAUUUCCUGCUUGGUCUGCAUUUAAUUUUUCUUCUUCAUUGCUUGAAA